AAGAAGAUGAUGAUGAUGAGGAUGAUUGUUAUGGUGGUGAUGGUUAGGAAUGAUGAUAAUAAUGAGUAGCACAAGUUAAUUAUAUUUUGUAGUAUAUGUAAUGAAUUAUCUUUAUUAUAUGUAUGAAUGAUUUCAUAUUAUUUGACAAUAUUUAGGCUGUCAAUGUUUUUUUUUUUUUUUAUAUUCAAGUGUGGGUUAUGCAUCACAUUACAUAAAUCAUUUUCAUUCACCUUUGAAACCAUUUAUAACCUUUCAAGUAUCAAUCUUUAAAUUGUGAUUCUGAUGUUAUAUUUUAUUUUGUGAUUCGUUUUCUUGCUUACAGAUGCUGAAGCGUGAAAGAAAGGGUUCUUCCUACUCAAUGUUUUGAUUUAUAGGACCAAACAUCAAGGUAAGCAUACUCAUAAAUUUUGAUUUUUGCUUAAUUAAUUAUUUAGAUUAUUAUUUUUAUUAUUGUUUGUGGUAAUUGGCUUUUGACAAUUUAAACUUCAUGGCUGAGUUUUGUCAAUGAGAUGUAACAGUUUGUUUUCAUUCUAGUUAUGGCAAUCUUGGGAAAAUAUCUGUGAAUUUUUUGUUCCUGAUAGUUUAACUAUGAACUAAUUUAUUGUUAUGUUGUAUAAAUUGCCAUAUUCUAAAUGUUAGUUAUUUUUUCUGGUUUUUAGCAUGCCUCGACGAGGAUCCAUAUUAGAUUCUAGGAGUGACAGGUCCACUUCUAGGAGUGACAGGUCCACUUCAUCCAAGUCAUUUCAAACUACAUCAAGGCAUAAUAACAAAGGAUCCACAUUUCAUCAACCUGUGUAUCAGAACGCAAAUGAGUAUUAUAUACCUACUUUGGGGAGUACACAUCCUCCUCAACAUGAUUAUGGGAGGGUUGAUUCAUAUCAAUAUUGUGAGGGCUUUCGUUUUCAAGAUUUGCUUCAAACUCAAGGAGGUUUCUCUCGAGAUAAUCAACUUGUUUAUGGAGGACAUAAUUUAUAUGGGAGUUAUGGGAGAGUUGAAGGUAAUGAUGAUGAUGUGAACAUUAGAAAUGAAGAUGAGGGAGACGGUAGUAAUGAGAGAGGUGUAUGUGAUGAGGAUCACGAUGGUGUUCCAUCAUAUCACGGUUCAACAUCUUCUCCAUACAAUUAUGAUCAAAGUGUUAAAAGGAAGGGUUUUGACACGUCAAUAGAUCCAAUAACAAGAAAAAAGGAGCUUUGUUUGUAUGGAACAACCGAGUUCAAUAAUGCAUCGUGUGGUCGUGCAAUCGGAGAUAUUUUGAGGUCCAAUUUUAAGGGAGCAUGGCACUCUUGGGAAAAAGUAGAUUCAAUGUGCAGGGAUGAACUCUUUAAAGAGUUUAAGAAAAAAUAUUCCUUUCCUGAGGAAGAUGAGUCGAUUGUUCGUAAUAUUUGGGAAGAUAAGGCUAGGAUAGCUUUGAAUCAACAAUUGACCCGAGCUCGCAAGAAAGCCAUGUCAAAAGAAAACACUACAAAUAUUAUAGAUUGUCUUGAUAAAGGUCCUGCCUGGAUAAACAAUGAUGACUGGAAUCAAAUGAUCAAAGAUGUUUGGUCCACCCCUGAAUUUCAAAGGAGAUCUGAAUCUGCUAGGAGGAAUCGAUUAACCAAAACAGAUGGCAAAAUAAGCACUCAUUCUGGAGGAACAGUGUCAUUUGCAUCAUAUCGAGCUAACAUGCAAGAGGAAGCUGGUGGAAAAGAACCUCCAUGGGAUGAUGUCUUUACAGCUUUGCAUCAAAGUACUAAGCAAUCUGGUAGCUUUAUCGACAACAAGUCUAAAAAAGUGGUUGAAAAUUAUAAAAUGGAGAUGAUUUCAAAGUAUGGAACUGAUCGGGAAAAUCAUCCUUCAUUUGAUGGAGCAGCUUGGUGUGUGGCUUCAGGAGGAGUUACAAAGGGUAGGGUAUAUGGUGCACCUCGUAUGCCAAAAUCAAAAGUUAGUACAAGCUCUUCAUCACAUUCCUACUCGGUGGAGUCAUCAUAUCCCAGUUCAUCGUAUCGAGCAUUGCAAAAGGAGAUAAAGGAUAAAGAAGAGGAGAUAAAGAAAAAAGAUGAUUUUAUUCUUGAAAUGAAACGGCAGAUGGAUUCCAUGAAAGAAUAUCUUGUGAACAAUCUUGGAUACCAUGGUGGGACAUCAAAUAUUGAUCAAGGUAUGCCACCACCUUUGACUCCAUCAAUACCGCCACCUAUGGCUCCUCAGAUAAUGACACCUAUGGGUCCUGCAUUUCAACCAAUUUUUAGACCUACACCUCGACCUUUAUAUCCUGCUCAAUCUUCUGUUGAUCCACAAUAUCAUGGUUCGUCUUCGCAACCAGCACCAUGAUUGUAUUUUUUGUUGUUUUUUUUUAUUGUAUUUGAACUUAAUUGUAUUAAUGCAAGUUUAACUAAAUUUUUAUAAUAUGAAUAUUAUUUU